AUGUUCACCGUCUAUGUUGCUAAAAGCUGCUUCCAGAAGGCUCAUCCGUACAUACACGUCCAAGCACCCUCGCUCUCCUAUUCCGUCCGGUCAGAUUCCUCUGAAGAAUCCUUGUCGCCCCCGCCCUCCGCUCACCGAUGGUCUGAACUUGUCCCGCCCAAGACCGCGCUCACCUUCGCAGCAUUGUACGACCCAAAGGAAGGCUUGAUCACCUUCACGGGCCCCUCGCUUCUCCCUUCCUCUCCCAACGAAACCCAUCGUUCAUCCUCCCCCCUCAUUCCUUCAGAUGGUCAGUCGCAGGUCUUCACUAUCGACAGGAUGGGAACAUGCACCCCAGCUCUCAGCACGGCGCAGUUUUCCUCGGACACAGCGAUGGCAGAUAUGAGAAGCAUGCUGGAUAUGUACUUCCGCUGUGGAACUCCGGGUGGGAUGAGGUGUAAGACACCCAACACGACACUUGACGGGGAGGUUCGUGCAUCAUCAGCGAUUGACGGGCUGUACGUGAAUGAGGGUGCAUACUCCUUCAAGAGCACGGAGCGCGAGGAAGCCGCACGGAAGCCGCAUGCGUUGCGGAGCAAGGUUCGCAAAGCGGAGAGUCUGUUUGCGUGGUCGUGGCUGGAAAGGCUAGGGGAGACUCUCGUUCUGAAUCCCUUAUUGGACACACGCGACCUCCCGCCUUCCGAUCACUCAGAAUACGAUUCACCCUUCGUCGAUAGUGGUUAUGUCGGAGAAGAUGAUUAUUUUGCAGAGAAGCACCCUUUUGGGUCAUUCCCGCCCUUUUUUGAUGGGGAGCCGGAGUUCUACAAUCCCAACGAGCGCUCUGCCUUCUCUGUCACUACGACCUCAACUUCGAAUUACAUCGACGUCCCCUUCCCUGACACACCAUCGCGUUACUCCACCGCCACUGAUUCCUCCUGGUCUACUCUCGAGGUCCCCGACUCUCGCUCCGUAACACUUUUAGGUUUAGGCAACCGACCUUUCUCUUCGUCCGGGCGAACAGGAACCCCCACCAUUCAUAUUCCAGAAACGACUUGCCCCUCUUCCCCUUCUCCCUUUCACCACAGACGCAGACUACAGAAACCCCGUUCGGUAUCUGUCCUCCCCGCGAAACCCUCUGAGGUUCUUGCACGGCCGCGUUACAAUCACGUCAGCAGCCCGCCUACCCUCGAGUACGGUACGAGCUUGUGCAAACUCAACUCAACAGGUGACAAGUCGACCUGCUGUGGGAAGUCGGAUAAACCAUCAUAUAAACCCAAGCACGCGUUCAAGAGGGCGGUCUUGAAUCGUCUAGGAAGCCUCCGACGGGACUCUUCAGAUGCUGCGGAGCGCUGGGUCUGCAUCGACGUGACGCAGACAGUGACGCAGCGCGAGAUUCGAGAGGACGAUUGUUGA